AUGAAAGUUUUGAUUCUGAUUUGCUCGUCGUUGGCGUUGUCAAAUGGGCAAUUCCCGGAUUUCUUUGGGAAUUUCUUCAAUCUGAUGCAACAGAAUAUGCAAAAUGCGGCGGCUUGGGGUCGAGCUUUCUCCGAUGCGGCUCGUCAACAUCCAAAUGGAGGACCCUUUGAAUUUGAGGGACCGGGCGGAGUCCCAAUGAAGGGUUUCAUCAAAGGAGUCUCGUUUGUCGUCACAAGUGCGCCACAAACUGGAGGAAACUCUGAAGAGUCACACGAUCAACCUCCAAGACCGAUCCCAGCUCCAAGCGUUCCACUCGAGUCAACGAAUCGACCAAACGUUGGCUCAUUUGCUGCUGAUAUUGCUCCUUCGCAACAGGAUGAUUCAAGUAUUGAAAACAACGCCGAGCCAAAUUUGAAACAAAAAACGACAGUGCUUGGUCCAAUGAAAUGCGUUGAGAAAAUGGAGAAUGGGGUUCGCGCCUUUGUCUGUCUACCGACUCAA